AUGGUCAUGGUGGGCACAUCCAACCACAGCGACGCAGCUAUGCGCAGCUCCGCUGUCACCGCCAUCACCGUCACCAUCACCAUCGACCGCAUAGCCGCCAUCACACGCGGGCCAACACCAGCCCCAAUCAGGCGUGAGGCAGACAUGGCACAUGUCAGGCGCUCUGAUGAAGAGCAACAACAGCUGAUGUGUGGCUGCAUUGUGGAUGAACUGGCCCUCUGCCUCUUGCCCAUCUCCUCCUGCUCGUCGUCGUCGUCAUUGGUCGCCAACAGCAGCGGCUGCGACUGUGGAUGUGGAGGGUGUGAUGUGCGUCGAUGUGCCGUUGCCUCGCAUGACGACGCUGCUGGUGGUGGUGAGUGGACAGUGGCCGUUCUCUUCCCAGGCCCUCAUGACACGAGCAGGGCGAUAAAUGCACACACAAAUGUGCAAGAGAAGAAGGCGCAAGCCUUCCCCAUGCGAUGUGCACCUGCUGAGGCGUGCUCGAGACAGCCGCCAAUACAGGCACGCAGGCAUCUUGCUGUCGCUGCUGCUGGUGGUGGUGCUGCUGUGAUGAUGGCCGUGCGCGCGCCUGUGCGCUGUGCACCGUGUUUGGGCUGCACCGAUGAAGACAAGGAAGGACACGGCCCCGAUGAUGAUGGUGGCCGUGGCAUGUGA